GAACGAGCAGUCGGCCACCGGCAGGGCGCAGCCAGCAGCUUGCGGGGGCGCAGUCACCGGCGCUGCGAAUCGUCGGUGCGGCUCUUCAAAAUUGUCCAGCGCGGUUCUGCGUCAUCGAAAGACCGUGGGGCCUACUAAUUCGAGCAAACGGCUGCACACCACCGGGCUCUGCCUGAAAACAAAGACAUUUGCCACUCCCGAGGAAAGGCAGUGCACGGAUUGGCGCCAUGUCGUGGGCCCAAAUCAGCGCAUCCAUGCAGGCUAAGAGUUCUGAGGACGACGUGGCCGCUCGCAGAGCCAGACAGAACAGGGAGAAGAAGCCGAUCAUCAUGAUCUCAUCACCGCACCCGACCGUCAUCACGGGCGACUUCGACCCAAGCAGCCCGGUUCAAAUGGGCGCUUCCAUGAUGUCGCCGCUGCCUGGAAGCCCUGUCCAAGGCACCCCUUCUGCCACUAUGUUUAUCUCCGGCACAGCUGCGUCGCCAACUUCCAUACCGGUACAACAGACGUCCUCGGGAAACCUGAUCCUGGCCGCCGAAGUCCAGAUGACGUCCCCCAGCACCACGCUACUGCAGAGCAUUCCAGCAGGAUCGAAAAUCUGUGGAUCUACAUCGGGACGGAGCUCCAAAAGCCGAAGCAAGGGCAAGAGUCACAGGAUCAGUAUGCGCAGGAGCAGUAGUCGCAAGCGAAUCGGUAGUCCUACUCCGCGGAGUCCUUCGGGAGCGUCCAACCGUGGCAGUGGCUUUGCGAUGCUGCACGCGGAGAUGCAGAGCGAUGAUUCUGGAUCACGGAGCAGUGGCAGUUUUACCGCGUUGGCAUUCCUAGACGUUGACGAGGCCCAAAAGCGGGCGAAAAAGAAGGCCACGAGGCCAGGCAGCAAGAACAAGCUCAAGCGGAGGAGCAGCAAGCCAGACGACGCCCUGACUAAAGCCUUCGUGGAAGCACUGUCGAUAACUCGCUCACCGGCUGCAACACCCUCUACGGGCUCGCUCGCAGGCUCUUCGUCCAUGAGCAGCGGAAGCACGACCGGCUUGGACAAGCUCCUUAGCUCUGCAGCGAGCAAAAGACCCAGCAAGAAGCAGGUGAGGAGGCAGGCCAGGAGGCGAAGCGGCGCGCGUACACCCAAACGGAGGGGAAGCAACACAGACGGCGCCCUUGCCCAGGCCCUCAUGGCCACCCUCUCUGGCGGAAUGUCUUCGCCAGGCGGUGGCCCUGGUGGAUCGCCCUCGAUGAGCGCGCUCAUCACGACCACCUCGGCGGGUGCGGUGUCGCAGCGAAAUCCGGCGCAGCAAGAAACUGGACAGAUGAACUUCGUGCUCAACCUUCCGAACAGGCCGGAGCCUGCAGUCAACACCCUCACGCUUACCAUCGUCCAGGAUCCAAACACUGCCGCACAAGCCGGCAGACGGCGAUGAUCGUGACUGCGUACUUUGUCGCUUCUUUAGCCUGGGUUGGGGCAAACGAGAAGGACGGUUUCUCUUUAAUAGAGCAUUAUUGGAAUAAUGGCGCAGUAAAAUUGCCGGUUUUUUGGUUAAGGUUACCACUUAUUGUCUGAAGUUCUGCAAUUGUAGGCUCGUUUGAAAUUAUCUUUAUUACUUUUUGAGUAAAUUUUCGGCUUUAUGC